AUGAUUUUACAAUUUAGAUUCCCUCGAGACAAUGUGAGACGAAAGCAGUGGGAGUUGGCUGUGAACCGUGAAGAAAAAUGGUGCUCAACUUCAUACAGUGCUGUAUGUUCAGAGCAUUUCGAAGCUAGUGACUUUUAUAUUACAGAUAGUGGUCUCCGUAAGCUAUCAGUUGAUGCAGUACCUUCAAUCAAUAUAUCUCCAUGUCAAGAACAGAAACCAACAAUUUGUGAAAUAGAUCCAGUUAAAGUUGAUCCCAUGGAUUCGGAUGAAGUUAUCAAAUUGAAGCACAAAGUAAAGAGGUUGGAGUUAUUGAGGAUUUGUCUGGUGUGUUUGUGCGCUUUCCUUGUGGUGCGUGAUGGGAGGUGUGAGGGUGUGGACCCUGGGGAGGUGGACUCGGACUCGGAUCUUGGCAGGGCUGAUGAGCCAGGGGAUCAGCGGAAGGACGGCAAAGCCAGUUUUCUGCCAGGUGAGUUUUGGAGUGUGAAUGCUGUCGCAGGAGACAUAGCGUCACCGCGGUUUAGAGGUGGUGAGAUCCUUAGGAACCUCAAGCCUGGAUAAUUGAAAAAUUGGCAGUGGUAUGUUAUCUGCUCUGCCUGCUAGUAAGUAGGCAAGUAUGUACGACAAAUUGCAUAUAUUCGCUUUAUCGGUGUUUCAAUCAAUAUACCGUGGAAUACCAAAUCGAUCAGCAGCUAAUUAUGUUUUAUAUUAAUAAUUGUAUGGCUAAUUAUACCAAUGUGGGUAGAUACGUUUAUGUACGUAUAAAACGACUUCCUACCGAGCGAACGAUGAAACGUCGAAUGUG